ACAACAUUUCGCAACGAAACUUUGGAAUAUUACUAAUUUUGUGAUGCUCUUUCACUAUGAUUUAAUUUUGUCUAGAUUUGUUGAGAUCAAAAUUUUGAUUAAUAUGGGAUUGGUCAAUUGUUCAACUAAAUGCAGUAUUCAAACAAUGACGUCUUCAGCAGACAGCUAUUGACGUCAUUACAGAAAUCGCUUCCUGACUCUUGCACUUCUUUAAAUUGUUCAACUGAAUGCAGUGUUUAGUAAUUAAAUAUCUGCGACGUUUAAAUUAAGUCAGUUAAACGAAUAGCGAACUAUACAUGUAUUCUUUGAAUUCACAAUGGUAAAGUAUCUAGUUUUAUUAUUCGCUGUAUAUGCAGUAUUUCUUGAAGAGAGGCUAUUGCCAGUGGCAAAUAAUGAUUACAAAGUCUGUUGUAAAUGUCUCACGUCCCAAUUUGACCAAUAUCGCUCGGGAAAAUGCGAAUCGUUUACGUGUUCGAGCAGUUGUGCCAACGACGCUGAUUGUCGUCUUUCAGGGGAAUGCUGUGUGUUAGGAACGGAUGCGUUCAAAGGAUGUCGACAAUGUAGAUACAAUCCUGACUGCGGGUAUGGAAAGAAAUGUUGUUAUGUAUUUUCAGAGAAACAAACCCGCUGCAGAGAAAAUUGUCUUGGAGUGUAUUGUGACAGUACAAGGUCGUGUCGUGGCACUCAAGAAUGUUGCCGUAAUAAUGUGUGUGUUAAUUGCUCGAAGCCGGGUUGUAGGAAUAAUGACGAGUGUGGAAGGGGACAAUCUUGUUGUAACAAAAAAGAGAUACAGGGAGAUUAUUUUUGUCGUUCCUCUUGCAUUGGAGCUAGAUGUGAAGCUGACACAGAUUGUGCUAGUCGUGAAUGUUGCCAUGAAGAGAAGUGUGUUAAAUGUUCUAGCCUUCAGUGCUCUUCCAAUUCUGUCUGUGGCUCUGGAUAUUGUUGUAAACGACGGUAUUAUUACGACAAAAGUCGGUGUAUGACAGCUGGCUGUAUUGGCCAAACAUGUGCUCAAAGUAGUGACUGUGGUGGCUUGAACGAAUGUUGUAGAGAUAACAUAUGUGCAUAUUGUUCUGAGUCGAGGUGCAAAGAUAAUUCCGAAUGUCCUCUUGGAGAAUAUUGCUGCAAGAGAAACGGACAGGCAAUGUGCAGACAAACUUGUGAGGGACAAUUUUGUAACGCAGCUAAAGACUGUGGCGCUCCAGGAGAAUGCUGCAUUGCAAAUAAAUGUACAACAUCUGGAUGUCACUGUAACUCUAAUUCCGAUUGUAAAUUUGGUGUAUACUGUUGCACGUAUGCUUGCAAUUCUAGUUGCAUUGGAAAAGGGUGUUUAUGGGACAACGAUUGUGGAGCUCCAGGAGAGGAAUGCACCUAUCCAGACAGUAAUUGUGUUUAUAGUCAUUAUGAUAAAAAGUGCCCUAAACUACCCGAAAAGAAAUGUUUUAACAAAAACGGUUGUUAUUCCCAUGACGACUGCAAUGUAUUUGGUAGCGGUUAUUACUGCUGUAAAGGGCAAUACUCAUUUGAUGAAAGAAGCUGUAAUUCCAAUUGUCUCAAGAAAUUUUGUAACGAAGACAGUGAUUGUGGUGGUUCCAGUGAAUGCUGUGACUCUAAUAAUCAAUGCUACAAGUGUCCAAAUAAUGUUCCCGCAUGGGUAAUCGGCAUUACAGUCGGAAUUGCGCUAUUGAUUAUUACUGCGGUUGGUGUUGUGUUCAGAUAUAUUUAUUCCAAACGCAAGCAGGAAAGGAUGGAAAGUCAACCGUCUCAAACAGGUGUUAUAGAAAUGGAAUUCCAACAGAAUAACCGCCACCAAAAUAUCCAUAGUGCGGGAUUGGGUGCUUGGUUUGUCGACGAUAUCCAAUCUUCCCUGCCAACGCAACCUUGGACAGGGAUUUUACCCUCCCAGACUGUCUUGCAACAAAUGCCUGUUAUGCCAUUCCAAAAUUUAGGAAUAAAUAAUCCUGGCAACGUAGAAUCCAAUAAAUCACUUGCAGGAAAUAGGAAUGACGAUAAUGAAACAGUAAUUCCAAGUGCUCCUCCCCCGCCCUAUCCUGUUAUGCCGCCUCCGCAUCCUCCUCCAUCUUAUCAAAACGGCAAAACCUUUUUGGGAACCGCUAGACUCUUGGGCACUAUAAUGAUAUAUCUACAACACCCAUUGCCCUUGCUCGAUUUUGCUAUUAAAAUUUUACUCAAGACCUCGCAUUAAAAGUUCAUGGUGGGGGCUUUGGAGAGAUGGGCUGAAAACACAUUCAUCCCAGGUCUUGAAUUGGAACUUCAAGACUCGGGAUGCCGGGUCUUGAGUUUCAAGUCCAAGACUUAUACCAAGUCUUGAACUUGCAAUUCAAGACCUUCUAGAGGCAAGCAUCCGCAGCUACCAAACUCAUGGAUCAAGCUUCACAUUUCCUUUUCGACAAGACAUUAUAGACAACGCUGCACUCUAAGUUAUGCGAACCUUUCAGAACACGGCUUGCUUGAUCUAAUGAAUAAAGAGUCCAGAAUUGUACCAUUUAACUAACAUUAAGUUCGUUUUUAAGAUAAUCAAUUAAUCGUGUCGAUUAGUGUUGUUGUUUAUAAUGUACAGUUAUUGCUAUGAAUUUUAAAUGUUUAAAUUUUUUAUCAGUAAAGCUGAAAAGCCUGGUUUCUAUGUGGUCGUAACGGUCGUAAAGAUUGAGUCAAGAUCUUUCUUAGCAGCCGAAUUACAACAUUUUAGAACUAAAAAUACGUGGAGUGAUUAUAACUAGAGAAUACUUAUAAUUUAUUUGUAGUUUACAAGCAACCUCGUACCCAAGGCUUCUGGUACGAGGUUGGUUUACAAGUACUAUAAACUAUUAUAAACUAGCCGUUGUAAAAGAUCGUGGCUCUAUUUUACGACCAUUACGAUCAUAAUGGAAACCAAACUUAAUUAACGAAUCCUACACAGAACACAACAGAUUGUAUAAUGCCGGGAAUCAAGGGGAAUCUUGAGAUGAAAAGGAAGAAUGGGACACGCGUUCACCAAUUAUCCGAAAUGCCUUAUACAUUUUCAAACCCGCGCUUUUUAAAACUAAAAUCUUAAAUAAAAGCGUACAGUGUUUAACGCUUUAAAAACUAAGAGUGUUUUCGUGAUUUGACGAACUCGUUUGAGUUUAUUAAACACGCGAGAAGUUGGAAGGUAUGUACGAAAAAGCGUAAACAUGCACUCGGCUGACCUGGGUGCUUUCUCAACCUCCCAAGUGCUCUCCCAACUUUCCGAACUUUUCUUAAAAGUUAUAUACAUGUAAUUUUAUGGUUUAAAAUGCGAGGGGUUCCUUCAUGUAUGUAUUUCUAUGAAGUAAAUAUUUAAAAGCGUGUAUAGCCGGGCUAAAUGGCAAGGCUAUAUUUUGUUAAUUAAAUUUUAUGGAAACUGUAUUUGAUUUUCGUUACAUUUGUGUAACUUAAUUUAACCAUGAUAUAGAAGGCGCUAAAUUACAAAAUAACUGUGAG